UUCGAGCUUCGGCAGUGUAAUCAUAAAUGGAUAUGAAUCAAGUGGAUUUGUCUCGUUAGAGUUAAAGUUUGAUGUAAUGUCACAACAUUUGUGGGAAAAGACCAUUUUUAACAUUUCGAUUAUAAGCUUAGCCUACCCUGAAGGCGAUGACUGGUCAAAUCAACUUUCUGAUACCACUAGCGAUAUAUCUGACAUGUUCGGCGGUGAGGUCCCAGAAGAUGGAGAUAGUGAAGAUUCCCAGAUUAGUUGUAUCAUAUGUACAGGAUGGAAGUGUGUUGGUUAAUCUCACGGCCGAAGUGUUUAUCAACACCAGCGGUGCUAGCAAAGCUAAGUGGCCAGUCAACAACAUCACAUUAACAUAUUAUUUUGUGCAGAUUGUGUUCAAGUUGGAUGUAACGAAUGACCCUUGUGACGGCUCCAGAAACAACUCCUACCUAACCUGCCUACAAGCUGUACAGGAUGGCUACUACAUUCUGGUCAACUAUCCACAUUCUAAUUAUUACUAUCAUAGUUAUAAUUGUAAUGAGAACAAUUGUUUUGGAUAUCUCUACGUAAUCUGGACUGGAAUUGGGAAUUCAGUCUGGGCACCUUUGUAUUUAUACAAUUACGAUGUCAACGCUAGCCAAACAGUGACUAUCACUACCAACCUUUCAACAAAUCCUUGCCUGGGCAAACUACAAUUCAAGGACAUCAUCGUGGAUCUCUAUGUUAACACUACCUCAUACGGACAAUUCGAUGACAAUGAGCUAGAUGUUUAUGUUCCAUGGUCUUCCAAUCAUAUUUGCCAAAUACUUAUCCACAAGAGGGAGUGCAUCACCGUCGAUAACAUCUGCGGCUACUGUGUUAACAUCACUGAUGAUGGUUACCUGAUUCGUCUCAAUGUCUCAGUCAGCGACACAUUUGGGUAUCAGGCCUGGGGUUUCUCUAUCAAUGCUAGGUGGAAUUUCCGAUUCUCAUUUGAAGGGUAUUUCAGUUUUGAGGUGAUCGAGUGGCUUCAGGCUGAAGCUGAGAUGUACUUGUACUUCGGUGUGGCCCAGAACACUAGCACAGUCACCACAGCAGAGUUUGUGUUUCCUGGAUAUGUGACGAGUACUAUGGGCACGGAGUAUGGCAACUUUAGCCUUAAGCUCGCGACAGGAGAUGAGGUCAAGCUGUAUCUGACAGUCAACUCACAACAACAGCAGCUUAACUUUAAGAAGGAGGAGUUGGACAAGGACAUUGUACUGACGUCACAGUUGUGGGCAUGCCCCAGAGAGACGUUCAUUUGCAACAGCUUUGCUCAACUCUGUGACCCAGUGACAGUUGUAGAGGAGUCUGACAUUGUACGGGUAACCUUGACCUGUCCGAACUCUUCUGGUCCUAACUACCUGCUUGUGAACGGCGGUCAAAGGGAAGCGACGUCUGUUGAAUGUCAGUCCCAGGACCAGUGCCACACCUGGAUCUUUGAAGUGGAAGUAAACUCCCUACUAUUUAUCCUUUCGCCGAUAUUUAAAAUUACCUACAAUAACUUCGGAUGUCGUAAAAUUGAAAACAUUGAGUCCAAACCUGUCAUAGAGAACUGCCCAAAAGGCGAUGACGUCAGAGACGGUUACGUCCGGACCAACAGCCCAGCCAGCUGCACGUGCCGUAUGGAGUCCAACUCACCCUACAGCACUGCCCUGGUCCAGUGGAUGACGUCAGACUACUGGCCUCUGACGGAGUUGGGGAAGAUCGUCGUCAUCGACGUGGCUGUUCAUCCCAACUACGCUGGAACUGCCCUAGUCUGCAGGAUGACUGACCUUGGAGAACCCGAUCAGGAUGUCCAGUACCAGCCCAAAUUUUACGGCAAGUUUUUUAUUUUAUUUUUAGAUCAAGAGUUAGACCAUGAGAUACCUACGGUAAAAGAGGUGACCGUGAACGGAAGUGACGUCAUCACGGCGGACCCUGGCACUGCGGUCCGCCUGUACUGUAGAGUGGACGGUCUCCCGUCCGCCAUCGCUGUCACCACCGGAAGUGGACUGGGUAGGGUCAAAGAAAACCGGUCAGUGAGCGAUGCCCUGGAGAUUGUCUUGUCAGACCUACAGUGCCGGGACUCUGGGAGGUACUACUGUUGGGGAAGUAACGGGUUCGAGACCAACCAAAGCAGAAGGCAGAAAUUUGUGGAUGUUAAUGUUAAUUGUGCACCCAAACUGAAAAACGAAACGACCCCGGGGGAAGUGCAAAAGGUCAAGGUUACACCUAACACCAAUACUUCCGUCGGCCUUGAGAUCUUUGGCUACCCGCCCCCUACAGCCUUUCAGCUAAAAACAGAAACGGGAAAAACCGUUAGUGACGUCAGCUUGAACCAGUACAAGGUCACCUACAGUGACCUGACCCCGCCCUUGGGUCUGGUCAACCUGACCAUCUAUGACGCUGAGGUCAAGGUCACGGUGAACUACAUUCUCACCCUCAGGAACGAGGUGGGGGAGUCUGACGUCAGGAUGCAGGUCAUCAAACAGGAAGUUCAUGUUGACACAGAUACAAAUGUACCGACUGUUGGUAUCAUUGUAGGUGUGGUGGUGGCUAUUUUGAUCAUAGUUCUGAUAGCUGUAGUGGUGUUUGUCUAUAAAAAGAGGAAAACCGAUAAAUCAAAGUCAAACGACAGUAACGAGGGCGGCAACGGAUUAAGUUAUGUGAACUCGGUCAUGGACACGGCUGGCCGUGUAGUGGACACACACAUGAACCUGCUACACAGGUGUGCUGACAGUGAGAGGAGCCUCCUGACACAGACGGCGGGAAGAGAGCGGGAGAUGAUUCUAGAAUCUGGGGAACGGCAGCGGCAUGGGUUGGUAAAAACUGGGGAGAGACAGCAAGACUUGCUCGCAGAGAUAGGCGGGGAACAGAGGGGACGGAUUAUACGAAGUGGGGAAGAGCUGAAGUCUGGACUUAAAGACACAGGCGUGGAGUUAACAGACGGGAUGAUAAAAACUGCUGAAGGUCUGAAAGUUGGCUUAGAAGAAACUGGAGAACAACAAAAGAAAGGAGUUGUAAAAUCUGGUGAAGAACAAAACAAAGUUUUAAAGAAAACUGGGGAACAACAAAGAAAAGAGAUUUCAAACAAAGGCAGAGAACAAACUAACAUCAUCAGAAAGGCUGGCGACAAAGAAGGAAAACAAAUUUCACAGCAGUCACAAAAAGAAAGAAAAGAAUUAUCUCAGUUUUCACACAAAGAACAGACCGAGAUAGGGAGGCUGGGGGAGUCAGAGAGAGGUAAGAUACACGAGGUGUCCGUGGGAGAGCAGCAACGUAUCUCGGAGACGUCCAGACAUGAGCAGCAGAAGAUCACAGACUGGGCAGACGAACAGCGAGAGAGGUCGUCUGAAAAUGUGGAGAACGAGCGCAGAUCUGGGGAACAUGACAUCACAGCCAGCGUGAUGAAUGAGUCAGACACAGAUCAAGGUGAAUAACCCGUUGAUAACGCAGUUAGAAUUUUUUUUUUUGUUUUGCAGAGGUACAGUUCCUUGCUAAUAAAGGGCAUUUGUUUAGGUUGUAUAUGAUUUAGAAUGAUAUACAUUUUUUAUUGAAUGAUAUAAAUAAUGAUGUAAAUUAAUUUUAUAUAACAUAAAUGUUUGUAUUAAUUAAAACAAUUUUUAAUGGCAUACAUAAAAUUUCAUGUUUAUUGCCUU